AUGACCCAAGUAAAGAGACCAGUGGAUGUGUUGUUGUCGUUGUUGCUGAAGGACAUCCGAACAACGGGCUGUAUAUCUGUCGAAGUCAGUAAUAACGCGCCCAUAUACUUGCUAGCCACGAAACGAAGGAAAAUGGGCAACACGCCCUCCACCUCCGAAACCGCGAAAAAGCUCGUCCGCGACCGCGCCCUGACCCUCCCCCUAGGCUCCAAAGUCGAACAGCUCUUCUACGAAGACUUCGAUUCCACUUCAGACACAGCCGAGUCCAGCAGAAAAGCCACCGCCGUGUCCAAAAGGAAACAAAGCCGCCUCUCCACCCCACAGCCGUUGGACAAAUGGGCUCCGAUAUCGACCGCGUCGACGGGGUUCAGCGACCCGGCGCAUUUAUCCAAGCAGCAGGCUCGACAACUCGCUCAUCCGCUGCAUAAUAUCCCCGAUAAACCACUACCGGCCGGACCACCGGUUGGCCCAGGAACAGAUUUCUUCCUCUCGCCGUUGGAUGCGCUCUCGAGGAGUUCGAGUGGGAGAGGGGAGGAGACGUCGACGUCGGAAGCUUCUACAUCGUCGAAGAAACACGAUUCCGGGACGGCGACGGUCGACCCAACCACCGCAGCGGAGCCCACAGAGGCCGUAGAAGCUCCUCCGAAAGUCUCGAACGAAACGAUCCCGUCCUCCUCCACGUCCACGACGUACUCGGCCGCCGAGGGAUCGCGAUGGCAGGAGCGGAUUUCGAGGAGAAUCGCAGACCGGAAAGUCAGCGAUGGGGUCAAAGCCGGGUUGGAGAGGACGGCGUACAUGGGGACGACGAAGCUGGCGGGUGGUGAGAAGGGAGCUAUAUCCGAGGAGGAAAGAGGGGGAGGGUGA